AUGGCUGCCACCAGCACGCAGCAGGAUCCUUCUCCGUCCUCUCACCGGUGCACUUAUGAUGCAUUCUUGAGCUUCAGGGGCACAGACACACGCAAGGGAUUUACUGAUCACCUCUACAGGGCUUUGGAGGUGGCAGGGAUCCACACUUUUAGAGAUGAUGAUGAAAUCGAGAGAGGAGCAAAUAUUUCAGCAGAGCUUCAAAAAGCAAUACAAGAGUCUCGAGUAUCCAUCAUUGUCUUCUCCAAGGACUACGCUUCCUCGAGAUGGUGCCUGGAUGAACUAGUGACGAUCAUGGACCGUAGAGAAACUAAUGAGCACAUGGUUAUGCCAAUUUUCUAUGACGUGGAUCCAUCCCAUGUCAGGAACCAGACAGGAAUUUUUGAAGCAUUUGCCAGACACCAACAGCGCUUCAACAAGGAGAUGGACAAGGUGGAGAAGUGGAGAAAAGCUCUCAGAGAUGUUGCAGAUUUGGGAGGGAUGGUCUUUGGAGAUCGGUAUGAGUCGCAGUUUAUCCAAGAUAUAGUUGAAAUUAUUGGAAAUAAACUGGAUCACACAUGGAAUAGGAGAUUAAUAGUCGAUCCCUAUGUAGUUGGAAUAGAUAAUUGUGUGGAAGGCCUAAACAUGUGGUUAGAAGAUGGAUCAAGUGAUGUUGGAGUAGCUGUAGUCUAUGGAAUGGGUGGAAUUGGCAAGACCACCAUUGCCAAGACUGCUUAUAACCAGAAUUUCUAUAAAUUUCAAGGUGGCAGCUUUCUUGCAGAUAUUAGAGCAACUUCAAAACUUCCCAAUGGUUUGGUUCACUUGCAAAGGAACCUUCUUUCAGAUCUCCAAAAGGGGAAAGCAAAGAAAAUAUACAGCUUGGAUGAAGGAAUAACAAAGAUCAAACGGGCGAUACGUUGCGAAAGAGUUCUUAUUGCUCUUGAUGAUGCGGACAACUUGGAACAAUUCAAUGCAAUUCUUGGAAUGCGAGAAUGGCUUCAUCCAGGAAGUAAAAUAAUCAUAACAACUAGACAUGAACAUUUGUUAAAGGCUUAUGAGAAUUGUGCAAUGUUUAAGGUGGAAGGGUUGCUUGAGAAUGAAUCACUUGAGCUUUUCAGUUGGCAUGCCUUUAGACAACCCCAUCCUGGCGAAGGUUACAUGGAUCUUUCAAGACCUGUACUGCAACACUGUGGAGGGGUUCCAUUAGCUCUUAAAGUUCUAGGAUCUUCUCUCUUUGGAAAAGCUGCAGAUGUAUGGAAAAAUGCAUUACAGAACUUGGAUGUGAUUACUGAAGGAAAAAUUGAAAAGAUUCUCAGAGUAAGCUUUGAUUCUCUGCAAGAUCAUGACAAACGUCUGUUCCUCCAUAUAGCCUGUUUCUUCAUAGGAAGACAAAAGGAUUUUUCAACUACAGUCCUUGAUGAAUGUGGGUUUGCCACAAACAUUGGAAUUCAAAAUCUGGUUGACAGAUGUCUGCUAAUAAUUCAUGGAAACAAGUUAACCAUGCACCAAUUACUUCAAGACAUGGGAAGGGGAAUUAUUCGCGAAGAAUCGCCUGAGGAUCCUGGAAAACGUACUAGAGUGUGGAAUAAAGAUGCCUCUAAUGUUUUGAGAAAAUUAACUGGUACAGAAACUAUUAAGGGCCUCAUGCUCAACAUUCCUAUGUUAAUAAAAGAUGAGUCUUCUAAGAUAACAUCCGGUGGAAGUAACAGAAAAAGAUUCCAUGUUGAAGAUUAUGAUGGAAACUGUUCAAGCAGCCGACGUCGGCUUGGUUUCUUCUCCUGGCAGUCAAUUAGUUUUUCUUCAACAAACUCAUUUCCUGUAUCAAAUGAGACAGGUUUCAAAACCGAGGGAUUUAGAAGGAUGCACAAUCUUGAACUCCUGCUGCUUGAUAAUGUAAAAAUCAGUGGAGGCUAUGAAGAUUUCCCAAAAAAUUUAAUAUGGUUGUCUUGGCGAGGAUUCGCUUUAAAGUCUAUACCAACCAUUUUUUACUUGGAAAAUCUAAUUGCUCUUGACUUGCGGAACAGCAGCCUCCAACAUGUUUGGAAGGGAACUAGGUUUCUUCCAAGACUGAAAAUCUUAAAUCUCAGUCAUUCACAUGGCCUUGUGACAACCCCUGACUUGUCAGGAUCCCCUAACCUCGAGAAAUUAAUUCUUAAAGAUUGCAUAAAUUUGAAAGAGGUGGAUGAAUCCAUUGGAGAUUUGGAGAAACUUGUUUUCUUGAAUCUAAAAGAUUGCAAAAAUCUCAUGAAGCUUCCAAUAAGAAUUAGUAUGCUGCGAUCUCUCCAGAUACUUAUUCUCUCUGGUUGCUCAAAUCUUGUGCUGCCUGCCAGUAUGAUCGUUAAAAAUCAGUCAGACUCUACACCUAGUGACAUGAAGAAACUCAGUAUGUGGCAAUCAAUGCGAUCAUGGGUAUUGCCAAGAAAAAAUCUCCAACUUACCAGUGCAAGUUUGCCACAAUUUUUAAAACGCUUAGAUAUGGCGUACUGCAGUCUGUCAGAAAUUCCCAAUGAUCUUCCUAGUAGCCUAUCCUCAUUGGAGUAUUUGGAUCUAAAUGGAAACCCAUUUUUGAGCCUACCAGUAAACUUGAAUGGUCUUAGUAAGCUCCAGAGACUUUCGUUGGAUAUGUGCCCAAACCUCGAAAUGAUUCCCGAGCUCCCACCAAGUGUAGAGAAUUUGAUCGCAACUAGAUGUAAUUCAUUGAAAAGAGUACUACUAAACUUACCAGACAUGUUACCAACAAUUAGAUGCGCGGUUAUGGCAUGCGAGAAUGUAGUUGAAAUUCAAAACGUGCUCAAAACAAGACCGUUGAGAAGCGUCGACAUAGAAAUGAUCAAAGAUAUCGGUCUGUUCAAUUUGGAAUCCAUAGGAAGCACUGAAGUUGAAAUGUACAACUACUUGACAUGUACAGAAAGGAAGGGUCCUCUCCAGGGACUGGAUGAAUGUGGUAUAUUUAGCAUAUUCCUUCCUGGGAGCGAGGUUCCAGAUUGGUUCCGCUACAAGUCGAGCAUGGGUAACUCUGAGCUGUCUAUAACUAUACCUCCACAUCUUAAUUUGAAGAUCCGAGGCCUAAAUGCAUGUGUUGUGUAUGCACGAGGAAAUAAGGUUCGUGAUAAAUUUUUCACGUGUGUUCCCAUUCUUCACAUCAGUAAUGAGACCAAGGGUCUUAAGUGGACCUAUGUGCCAGUCACAAUAGGGUUUCCAAAAGAGAAGGAACAUAUGUUAUGGCUUAGUCAUUGGCGAUUCGCAAUCGAUGAAUUGGAGGGUGGGGAAGAAAUACGUGUUUCGGUUAGAGUAGAUGAAGAUGCUAUGUUGAUAAAGGAAUUUGGAAUCCAGCUUGUGUACGAGCAGAAUAAUAAUGAGGGUACUGUAACUGAAGAUAUAACCACAAUGUUCCAGCAUGAAACAACUACACCUUCGAACCAGAAUCACGUCGUUGCUGGAGAUGUGUCAGCAUCAGCAUCAAGGUUUCAUAAAAAUAAGAAUAAUAAGGAAGGAUUUAUUGCUGUGUCCUUUAUUGAUUAA